AUGUCGACAUCCGCGUCGGACAAUUUCCUCAAGCUCGUCGAGGUCCGACGGAGCAACUACACGCUCUCAGCAAGCUCGCCGAUCCCGGACUCCAAGAUCGUCGAGAUCGUCCAGACGGCCGUCAAAUACGCGCCCUCGACGUACAACGUGCAGUCAGCGCGCGCGGUGGUGCUGUUCCGCGCCGAACACCAGCAGUUCUGGGACAUCUCGGCCAAGCAUUUCAGCCCGCUGCCCAUCGCGGAGGGCGCGAAGGCGUACAUGACCGCGCGCAUUGCCGCGUUCAGGGCCUCGUACGGUACCGUGCUGUUCUUCGAGGACCAGGCGGCGCUGGAUGCCUUGGGGGCUAAGAAUGCUAUGGUUCAGCCUUUGUUGGCGGAAUUUUCGGACCACUCGUCAGGAAUGAACCAAUUCAUCGUCUGGACUGCCUUCAACGCCGAAGGACUGGGCUGCAACCUGCAGCAUUUCAACUUCUUGCCGGCCAUCACUGCCGACGCGAUUUCGGCGUUUGGAUUGCCUGAGACGUGGAAACUCAAGGCCCAAUUGGUCUUUGGAGCCCCGACGGCACCACCGCUGGAGAAGAAAUUGGAGCCGAUCGAGACCAGGGUUAUUGUUAAAGGAUGA